AUGACGAAGAUUGGGAUCCCCGGUCCGUCCUCGCUCCAGGUCCGCCAGACGGGUCAUGAUUCUGAGCAUCGCCUUGUCCGACUCCUCCUUGUUGAAGGUAAUGCGCUUCCCAUUAUCGGUGACCCGGCCAUCCACCUCAUCCACCCGCUCUGCAAGCUUCAGCAGCCUGCCAUUUGCCAUUUCGGUCCCCAAAACCCCGAGCUCAACGUCGUUGAAUUUAUAGGCCUCUUCCUUGGCCUUCUUGGCCUUGACCCAGCUCUUCCUCCAAGUCCAGGGGUUUACAGCCCUUGCCGCCCAACAUCCGGGCGAGGACUUUACGACCCAAACGAAAAAGGCUACGGCCACUGGAACAAAGAUUUUGAGGCCUUGCACCCACUGCAAGAUCUUAGUGGAUAUGUCGAGUUGGUGCACGAGUCUUUUCAGCUCGCUCGACUCCUUGUCGUCUUUGCCUAUAAUUAUAUCGUCAGCGUCUAUUUAAUUGCCAGUGUAUCUCUAUCUACUGGUGGAAAAACAUUUACAGACCGCCUCAAGCUACACCUCAUCGAGUCUACAUCAGACAAGAAUCAUCGAUGCAGAUGA